AUGAGCGACGGGGGCGAUCGCGACCUCCGCGGAGCUCUUCCUCUCGAGCCGUACGGCGACGAGAACGAACCUCCCUCGCCUCCCGAGAGACCUCCAACUCCGCCACUGGAUGAGGUCCCGUCCCUGCGGCAUGGCAUCUACGACCGCGGCCCUUUCCUCAGGCUCAUCGCCUCGUUCCUCCACGACAUCGGCUUCGGCGACUUCGCCUCGGCGUUGGAGCUCCUAUCGGGGGCCCGCACCGCCUCGCCCGUCGCCCAAACCCUCCUCUCCCUCACCCUCUCCGGUCGCUGGGACGAGAUCAUCGCCGAGAUCGAGCGAAUCCCCUGCCUCGCCCGGGGAUCCUACCGCGCCGCCGCGUUCCUCGUCCGGCGCCAGCAGGUCCUGGAGCGCCUCGGCUCGCCGGACCACUCCGACAGGGCCGAGCGCUUGCUCCGGGACUACAUCCCACCGCUGGCCGCCGACGACGCCGCGUUCUUCCUCGUCCGCGACAUUAGCUCGCGGGCGCGCGCCGUCGCGCCGGAGCGGAGGGCGCAGCAGCGGAUCGGACUCUUCUUGUACCUGCUCGAGGCGCUCCCGGCGGCGAUCUUCGUGCGUGGGAGGCUGCUCGAGGAUGAGUUGUUGGGGCUCAUCACCCCUUUUGCGGUGCCGACAUCCCCCGGUCGGCGACAGCUGACCUCCUUGUUCAACGCCAACAUGUGUGAUACGUACCCAGUCACCUGGACCUGCUGCAAGAAAGCAACGGACCACAAGGGAGAGGUUUUACAAGUACAAUUUUCAAAUUUUGGACAGUACCUGGCUUCAUCUUCGAGUGAUUGCUCUGUCAUCAUAUGGACGGUAGAUGGUGCUUAUAAUAUAACCCUGAAGCACACUCUCAAGGAACAUGAAAAGCCUGUGACCUCAUUGAAGUGGAGUUUUAAUGACACCCGGCUGCUUACGUGUGCAAAAGGAGAAGUGGCAAAACUCUGGGACGUCAAUACUGGUAGAUGCGAGCGCACUAUCCGCAUUCCAAGUAAUGGAGGCGUGGGCUCAUGUGCGUUGCAUGACUAUUCGGAAACAAUGUUUUUCAGCAGCUGCGGCCCUAAUAGUUUCAUCUACAGAAUCGACCGACACAAUAACCAACUGAUACCUAUUAAUAUAAUUCCUGAGGUUUCUGAUAUGGUAGCGACACAUAAGGGCCUUCUUGCAUGUGUUGGAUCGGAUAAUAUUAUCCGUUUACUUAGCUUCACUGGGGAUAUAAGGUUCCAAUUAAACGAGGAACAAGUUGUGACAUCUCUGUCGCUUUCAAAUGAUCAUCAAUUGUUGAUUGCGAAUGUGAAUUUUGAAAAGAUCUGUGUGUGGAACAUUCGUCAGCAAUUGAAGCAGCGAACAUGUAAGGCUUGCAAGCAAAUUGUGGGAUCAUCCUUAGGAGGGUCAGAUUGUUUCAUUGCCAGCGGCAGUGUGGGUUCUCAGAUAUACAUCUGGCAUUGGGAACAUCAACUGCCCUUUAGGAUCUUAACUGGCCACGAAAAGGCCGUAAACUCUGUGAGCUGGAAUCAGACACGGCGUUACAUGUUGGCGUCGGGUAGCGCUGACGGCUCCAUCUGCAUAUGGAUCGGCUAA